GUGCUGGCGCUGCCGCCCGCCGCGGCUGGGGAGCAGGCGCCAGGCACCGCCCCCUGCUCUCGCGGCAGCUCGUGGAGUGCGGACCUGGACAAGUGCAUGGAUUGCGCGUCGUGCCCGGCGCGACCUCACAGUGACUUCUGCCUGGGUUGUGCUGCGAUCCCACCUACCCCUUUCCAGCUGCUUUGGCCCAUACUUGGGGGGGCCCUGAGCCUGGCCCUCGUGUUAGCGCUGCUUUCUGCCUUCCUGGUCUGGAGACGGUGCCACAGGAGAGAGAAGUUUACCACCCCUAUAGAGGAGACCGGUGGAGAAGGCUGUCCAGGUGUGGCACUGAUCCAGUGACUGAGUACCUUCAUUCAUUCAUUCUUCUGGAGCCAGCUCCUGCUUCCCAGACAGACAAGAGCCAGUGCCAGGCCUCCUCCAGCCACAAGGGGGAAGGGAGUUGUGAAUCACCACCAAGGCUGGGCCCAGGGUUCAGGGGAGGCUUCCAAGGUGUGUGAUUGCCCUGUUGUGCACCGGGUCCGAAAAGGAGCCUCGUGCCACUCACAGUAAGAACUGCAGCAUUUGCACAAAGGGGUCUUCCGGUCCCCUGAUGCCCUGGCGGCUAGGCUGACUCAAGGGGCAGACACAACACUAGGCCUCACCCACUCAGAUGGACUGAAAUUCCACAGGGGUGGGGUGGGGUGGAGGUGGUCACCCUGGGGCAAUUAGGGACCUGUUCUUAACACUAGAGGGCUGGCCCUCUAGUAGGGCCCGCCCUAAGAUACAGACCCCCCCCAUAGCUCCCAAGGGGGAGGGGGAGGAGAUAUUUAUUUUGGGGAGAAAGUUUGGAGGGGAGAA